CUCCUUCCCACGAUCCACGAAUUGUGUGCUCCACUCACGCAGCACCUGAAUUACUGGUGAACGACUGGGAACGGAACCGGGUCCUCAUUAGACGCCUGAACGAUCAAAUAUCAUUGAUCGCGCGAAAUUACUCACAUGCACUGUUCAAGUCAAACUCGCUCGGCACGAAUGAGAAGCCUUGCGCGCGUAUUGGGUCUUAGGAACAUGGAGACAAGGAGGUAUAUUAUAUACCGCUGUCCCUGGCCGCUUCUCGUCCACUCCUCACCGCGUCGCUUCCGUAUCUCAUUAACUUGGUCUGGUUUCUUCUGUUGACCCUUGCUUGUCGACAUUCCGCUUUCUGUCUGCCAUCCAAGCAUCUGCUUGCUCUUCGGAAUACAAUGGCGAGCCUGAAUGCUCUAUUUGGAGCCAUGCUUGUCGGCGUGAUUUUGUGUUCAAGCCUUCUCGGCGUCCUUACCGUCCAAGUUUGUGGCUACUAUGCCAGGUUCAAGAACGAUCCGCUGUGGAUGAAAUCCUGGAUAGCAGCUGUGUAUGUUGUCGACCUGUUGCACCAGCUGUUUGGGUCCUGGUUAUCGUAUCGUUAUGCCAUCAGCAUCUAUACAUGUCCGACUUGUCUGGGCCGGGUGCAUUGGUCUGUUGGGGUUAUCGCCCUGCUCGAGCCACUCUCAGCUGCGCUCACACAGCUCUGGUUCGCUCGCAGAUUAUAUCAAUUCAACAAGAAUCAGAUGUGGCUUGUGAUUUUGACGGUCGCACUGUCCAUCAUGUCAAUGGUUGCGGGGCUGGCAUCUGCAAUCAUCAUAUUCUCCAGACAAACUUUCGCCCAGUUUGGUGGGAAAGAUACUUGGCAUGUAACCAUAUGGUUUGCAGCAGGCUUUCUAUGUGAUGUCCUCGUUACUGUCCCUGUCGCAUGGUCGUUAUAUCGCUCCCGCACGGGUUUCCGAACGACGGAUCGCCUGAUGACGAGGCUUGCUAUUUGGGUCAUCAAUACGGGCGCUCUGACUGCGUAAGUAUGCACAUUUGUCCCCUCAUUUCUUCCUGGAUACCUCUCCUGGAUGAGGAGAUAACUUCUCAGCAUCCCCUUCUCCUUUUCCAAUACUGAUUAUUCCCUUUCGUUGCACGCUCGAUAUACUUUCCCGGAUGGGACGCGCUGUGCACUUAGUACAUUCGCCCUCCUCGUUACGGCACUGGUGAGUCAUUUUAGGGGUCUCUCCUGCAUGCAGCGACGGAGGGAAUGGGGACCGGAGAUUUGACAUCGCUGGCACUCGUAGUUUUUGGUCUAUCCGCAUACCCUCGUCUACGUCUCCCUUAACCUCAUUUUAGCAUCGUUAUACUCAAACUCUCUGGUGGCGUUCCUCAAUCGCCGGGGUCGGUGGGAGAAUGGGUU